AUGACACACACCGACUCCACCUCUCCUUCCUUGGACGGUUUCGGCAGCCCUCGAGAAGUCGAUGUCAUCAGCCUCGGCUCCAGUGGUUCUUCUUCUUCUUCCGCCUCCGCCGAAACCGGCGAUCCCUCCAUCCCUAACUCCUCUCCAUUGGAGGAAGCUUGCAGCGGGGCAAAGAGGUAUCGCUGCAAGCCCAACAAGAGCGCCUUCCCGCCUCCGGUGGACCAGUACGGAUCGUCGAAUGAUGAAGAAGCUGCGCAAGAUUCCGAGACCCGCUCUACCCACACGACUGAUAUGGUUGACGAAGAAAAGCUGGCCGAGGGAAUUACAAACUUCCUACAGCAGCUCAAGUCCGACUGGGCCUCCGCAAAAGACCAGAACAAGAGAAUCCAAGAACUUUUGGAACAGCAGAGCAAGCGACUCGAAGAAGUCUUCAACAAGGUACUGCAACAAGAGGCAGUCAUCCACCGAGAGGAUACCGAUGGACUCAUCACCCGCGUCUCGCAGCUCGAAACUACCUUGGCGAACCUCUCGAACUCACAGAAGCAAGAGGUCGGCAGAAACCAAGAGUCCACCGAUAGGCUGGUCAACCGCGUCGCGCAGCUCGAAACUACCCUCGCCAAUCUCACGCUCCAGAAGACCCCGCCCGACAUCCAUGUCGACGUCCACAUGCCGCCGCAGGAAUCUUCCAUCACCACCGCUGGCGACGCCCCUCCUCGACGUUCGCCUCACGAUGGGGGUAGCUCUGAUGAUGGUCCUCAGUUCUCUUCGUCUCUGGAACAAAGCCUGGCUUGGACCGCAGGCCUUCUGACGUAUUUGUCAGACGAUAGUCCUUGGAAGGACGGUAUCAUGGGAACCUUCAAUGAAGCGGAAAGCAUGAGUCAGACCGAUCUAUCUGCCUGUCGCGAGAAGAUUUGUCAUCUGGGAAGCCAUCUGGAGGUGUUUGCCGCACUCCUAAGACACAUGGGGAGCGCAACCCCUCAAGAUGCGUGGCAGGAGGCUGUCGCGAUGAAGGCGGUGGAAACUCUCAGGAGGGCACUAUGA